AUGGCAUAUCUAAAGCCGCAAGCAAAUAAUCGACUGACACAGAUCAGCGACUUCUUGACCGGUAAUAAGACAGCUACUGCUAUUCCGUUUUCCCCAGAUUGUACAAAGUUCCCUCCUCGAAAAGAUGUUCCCAGAAGAGAAGACGCACCAGAGGGGGCGGCUUGGGUCUGGGGAAAGGAUGAUUAUCUAGGACGAGUCAACCUCCUAACACCCGCUCGGGUCGCUGCAGCUUCAACAGAGAUCAAAAGCGGGCAAAUAGUCCCCUUAAACUUGCCUCUAGAUGUGCCCAAAAUCCCUGCGUUCAACCGCCAGCAGUUCAAACAUGAGAUCAAGGAGUUGGCCCCUGGCGUUGCUUACGACGAUAUAUACACGAUGAAUACACAGAGUGGGACGCAGUGGGAUGGACUGAGACACAUGGCUCAUAUAUCGACCAAGACGUUCUACAAUGGCACCAAAGGAGAGGAUAUCAAAGGACCAGAAAAGAAUGGAAAGUGCGGCAUUCAUCACUGGGCUCAGCAUGGAAUUGCUGGGAGGGGAGUGUUGAUCGAUUAUUGGACCUACGCUAAUGAGAAGGGCAUGCCCUAUGACCCAUACGAAUAUUAUUGCAUUCCUUACUCCGAAUUGUACGCAUGUGGGAAAGCGCAAGGCAUUGACAUCCGUCCAGCUUCUCAGGGCGGUGAUAUUAUGAUUGGAGACAUUUUAUUCAUUCGAAGUGGCUUUAUAUCCACCUACUAUUCGAAGACUCCAGAUGCUCGUGCUGCCGCAGCAUUGAGGCCGCAUGCGCUCGGAACUGCGGAUGGGCAACGAUGGGCCGGUAUAAAGCAAGAAGAUGUGAUGCUCGACUGGCUACACGAUUGCUAUUUUGCCGCUGUUGCAGGCGAUGCACCAAGUUUUGAAGCUUGGCCAAGUCACGAGGAGUAUAUGCUACAUGAGUAUAUCCUCGCAUUCUGGGGAAUGCCCUUGGGUGAGCUGUUUGACUUGGAGAAAUUGUCCCAAACUUGCAGGGAGAAGGGGAGGUGGACCUUCUUUGUCACUAGCUCUCCUAGUAACUGUGAGGGAGGAGUUUCGAGCCACGGGAAUGCAUUGGCUAUCUUUUGA